AUGAACCACACAACAGUAGUGGAAUUUGUCCUCUUGGGACUGACCAACAGCUGCCAUUUGGAGAUCAUCCUCUUUCUGUUUCUUGUGAUUGCCUACUUCUUGAUCCUGCUUGGAAACAUUACUGUCAUCAGCAUCACUCUUGCAAAUCAUUUCCUUCAGACCCUAGUGUACUACUUCCUCAGAAAUUUUGCCCUUUUGGAAAUCAGUUUUACCUCCACAUUCAUUCCCAGGACCCUCUACAGCCUUCUGACAGAGAGGAAGAUCAUUUCCCUGCCUGACUGUUUCCUUCAGAUGCUGCUUUUCUUUUAUUUGGGUACCUGCACAUUUUUCCAUGUGGCAGCAAUGUCAUUUGAUCGGUAUGUUGCCAUUUGCCGCCCUUUGCAUUACACAACAAUUAUGAACAACAGCUUUUGCCUCCAGCUGGUCCUGGCUUGCUGGGCAGUGAGUUUUCUCUUGAUGUUUCCUCCCACCAUUAUGACUGUGCAGUUGCCAUUCUGUGGUCCCAAUGUCAUGAACCACUUUUACUGUGAUACUUCUCUGUUGUUGCAACUGUCCUGCACUGACACAGGGUUCAUUGAAGGACUGAUGCUUAGCAUACUAAUUAUCAUCAUACCUGGUACCUUAAUUUUAAUAGUAACCACUGUCUCUUGCAGCUGCAUUAUUACCACCAUCUUGCAUAUACCCUCUUCCACAGAUAGGAAGAAGGCAUUUUCCACUUGCUCAGCUCACCUCAUGGUGGUGAUAUUUUACAGCACGUGUAUUUACAGGUAUAUCUGCCCAGCACAGCGAGGUGGUCAGGACUCUGACAAAGUUCUUUCUUUCUUCUUCUCCAUGAUGACACAGAUAUUUAACCUGUGCAUCUACUCACUCAGGAACAACCAAGUCAAACAAGCCUUAAACAAGAGCAUGAAACAGUCAGUCUUCUUAUCAGAGAAAUUAAUGAGAAGAAGGGGAAGUCAUGGGAGAAAGGGGGAUGAAAAGGCUCUAACAUGCAACAUCCAGGUAUCCUGA